UUGAUUUGAUUUAAAAUUGUUUGUCGUACUGAAAAUAACAUUAUGUCCACUAAUCUGAAUUCAUUGUUUGAUGUAAAUGUAUUUGAUAAUUUGUCUAAUAAUAUAAAAAAGGAAGAAAAUGCACAAAUAUCAUCUAAAUUUGUAAAUCCAAUUAAUUCUAUUCUUUCAAUGGAUGAUACAAUAUUAAAAAAUAUUGAAGAGAACAUUUGUAAUGAAAUUAACAAUUAUAACUCUGCUAAGGAUGAAGAAGCAAAAACACCUUUUGAAACACCAUCAACUUCUAAUCUGUUACAAUUAUGCAAAGGACAAUCAAUUGAAAAUAAAAGUAAUAAAAUUGAAACAACCAAUUUAAUUAAUACUUCAGACAAGUUUUUGAAAGAUGAAUGUGUAUGGAAAAACAAUAGUUUAUUCGACACGACAUUUACUGAACUAUAUAAUGAACAGGAUAACCCAGAGGAUAGGAGACAAAUUAGAAAUGAUAGUAAUUCAAUAAAAGAAUUAUGUUUAAGUUAUGAAGAAGUUAUAGAAAAUACUAUGCAGUUUAAUAAUAAAGCUGACAACAUUCAUUCUUUUUAUGGACUUCCGAUAAUUGUAAAACACUUAAUUCAUAAGAUUAAAGGUUUUGAUACAUUAUACAGUUGGCAGGAUGAAUGUUUGCAAUUAGAUGCUAUAAAAAAUAGGAAAAAUUUAAUUUAUGCUCUUCCAACUAGUGGAGGUAAAACUUUAGUAGCAGAGAUUUUAAUGCUCAAAGAAAUAGUAUGUAAUAAGAAGAAUGUUAUCUUCAUUCUUCCAUUCGUUGCAAUAGUACAAGAAAAGAUACAAGCAAUGACACCAUUUGCUAUAAAAUUAGGUUUUUUGGUGGAAGAAUAUGCUGCUACUAAAGGUCAGUGUCCCCCUAAAAAACGACAUAAAAAGAAUACUAUUUAUAUAUGUACAAUCGAAAAAGCAUUAGGAUUAAUCAAUAGUCUAAUAGAAUUGCAAAGACUAAAUGAAAUAGGUCUCUUGAUAGUUGACGAAUUACAUUUACUUGGUGAAAAUGGUGGUCGAGGUGCUACACUGGAAGGUCUUCUUACAAAAAUGAUGUAUAUGAAUGAAAAUAUACAGAUAGUUGGUAUGAGUGCAACUAUAGGAAAUUUAGAAGAGGUAGCUCAGUUUUUGAAUGCAGAGUUAUAUACUGGAACUUUUCGGCCUAUUAAAAUACAAGAGUAUGUUAAAUGUCAAGAUGAUAUGUGGUUAAUUGAUUUACACAAGGAGGAAAUAUUAACAGACAUGAGAAAAGUAGAUUAUUCUUAUUCAAAAAAAGCUAUUGCAAUAGAUCCAGAUAAAAUAGGUGGUUUAGUUAUGGAUAUUGUACCAAAGGAUUCAUGUCUUAUAUUUUGUUCAAAUCGAAAAAAUUGUGAAAAUAUUGCUAUACUUAUGACAAAAGUGUUAUUCAGUUCCUUAAAAAAGCAUAAAAUGGAAGAAAAAGAAAAAUUAUUGAAAGCACUUACAAAAGAGGAAGGUUUAUGUCCAAUUUUGAAAGAAACAAUCAAAUUUGGUGUAGCUUAUCAUCAUUCUGGUCUUACAUCUGAAGAAAGAAGAUUAUUAGAGGAUGCUUUUAGAGACGAGAUUCUAUGUUUAAUAUGUUGUACAUCAACUUUAGCAGCAGGCAUUAAUUUACCGGCAAGAAGAGUCAUAUUAAGAAGUCCGUAUGUUGGGAAUCAAUUUUUAAAUAUUAGUAGAUAUAAACAAAUGAUAGGAAGAGCCGGCCGUGCUGGGUUAGGAAAUAUUGGAGAAAGUAUACUUAUUUGUAAGAGUAAUGAACUUCCAAAGGUCAAGGAACUUUUGAUUUCUAAAAUGGAUGAUUCAUUAAGCACUUUACAUAUAGAGAAAGACAGAGGUAUAAAUAAUCUUAUUCUAAGUGCUAUAUUAUUAUCUAUAGCAACAACUCGAUCUCAAUUGUACACUUUAAUUGCGAAGAGUUUACUUAGUGUUCAGCAGAAACGUCUAAAUAUUGAUAUUAAAAAAAUAAUGGAUCAAACAAUAAGUCUUUUAUUUAAAAAUGGUGUUUUAAAAAUUCGUAACAUGGAUAAAUGUAAUAUUGUUAAUUCUAUAAAUAUCGCUAUUCCAUCUCAAGAAAGUAUGUCUAUAGAAAAUCCUGAAAUAAUAAAGAAAAAGCCAAAAAUAGCUCUAACAUCUACAACUAAAUUAGAACUUUGUGAUUUGGGGCGUGCUGCUAUGAAAGCUGGUAUAGAUUUACAUUGCGCAUAUGAAUUGUACGAGGAUCUGAAAAAAGCACAAAAACAUUUGAUUUUAACUGAUUAUCUUCAUCUUUUAUAUUUGAUAACUCCUUAUAACAUAGUCAAUCAAAUACAACUAAUAGAAUCUGUUUAUUAUGAUACAAUAACAAAACUGUCAGAAGUACAAAUGGAAAUUGUAAGACUUAUAGGAAUAAACGAAUGUAUGAUAAGUAAAAUGCAUUGCGGAAUAACAUCAAUGAACGUAAAUUUCAAAGUGCUUCAGAGAUUUUAUGUCACUUUAAUGAUUUAUGAAUUAUGGAAUCAUCAGACGAUUUAUUCUGUAGCUGAUAAAUACCAAGUAAAUAGAGGAAUUGUUCAAAAUUUACUGAACACAGUAUCAUCUUUUUCUUAUUCUGUUGUUAGAUUUUGUAAGGAGUUUGAUGAAUUUUGGGCAUUUCAAGAAAUAUUCAAUUCUUUUAGUAAAAAAUUAUCUUAUUGCUGUCCUCCAGAACUUGAAGUAUUAAUGGAACUACCAACAGUGAAAAUAGGUAGAGCAUAUCAGUUAUAUAAUGCUGGAUAUAAAUCUUUGCAAUCUAUAGCUAAGGCAAACCCACAAGAGAUGCGACAAAAAAUACAGUAUCUUACAAAACGAACUGCUACACAAAUUAUUACUGCUGCUAAUCUUUUAGUUUUAGAAAGAGUAGAAAGUUUGAAAGAUGAAGUAGAAGACAUUUUGGAAGAAAUAGAUCUGAGUCAAUUGAAAAUAUUCUGAAGUACUUUAUAAAUUAUAAAUAAAAUGUAUAUAUGUGAAUUAUUA